GCACUCAUUUAUCAACAAAUUUACAGCAGCUGUGCUUGAAUGUAUCUAGCUGGAAAUUUUGUCAGUACAUAAAUAAAGUUAAGUGCAUACGUAAUAAAUAUUGAGGAAAUUCACGCAGCAUUUCGUAACCUUAUAAAAUCCGUAAAAUCUGUAAACUUGUGUAAAGUUGUGGACGUAUAAUUAGCUAAGAAAGUUUUGUGAACUCACUCAAUAGGGGCCUCUUUAUUUGGAUAAAGUUUGUAAAAUUAUUUUACAAAAGGACGAAAUACUAACGAAUUUACAAAUGAUUGCGUGAAUUGUUUCAUUAAUUUAGAUUUCUACAUAGUUUCUCCUUCAUAAUAUUCAUUUCGACCUAUCGCCCUGAUUUAAGUGGUAUGUACGAAAAACCUAAAGGUUAAAAAGUGUCACAAUGGGUAACGUGUUAUCCUCAAAUAUUCAAAAUGGCGUGCCUUACCCGUCACCAUCUUCCUUAAACAGUUCACCUGAGCGACCACAUGAUCCAUGUGACAUAUUUUGUGAAUGUGAGAAUUGUGAUACUGUGUACAAUAAUGCUUCCCUAACAAGCACGACACAACCACGUGGGUUUAACGAUUAUCCUUCAUCAACAACACCUUAUUCUGGGAGGGUACCACCGCCGCCCGCGGCCAAUUCGACCAGCCGAGACGCAAUUUCUACAAAUUAUGGCGGCCAGCCCAUACAACCAUUAAGUACAGUGCCCACAAGAGAGUUUGUUUCUCUUGCAAGAAGUAGGCAAGAAUUGACACGUGUUGAUCCGCCAAGAACUCAAAUUACAGGGCGAAGUCAGGUCGCGUCAUCAAGUCCAACUCAAUUAAUAUCAGCGUCAUCACAAGAAACGUCAAGAAUAACAGCAGCGUCAUCAACGUCAAGAAUAAGAACAGCGCCAUCUAGAGCAAGAAUUACAAUAGCGCAAUCUACGUCAACAAUGACAAUUGCGCCAACUACGCCAACAAUAAUAGCGCCAUUACCGUUAAUAAGAACAGCGCCAUCUAGGCCAACAAUAACAACAGCGCAAUCAACGUCAAGAAUAACAAUUGCGCAACGUACAUCAAUAAUGCCAACAGCGCCAUCUGCGACUUCGUUACGAUCCACACGUACGUUAUCAACAAUUCGGUCUCCAGAUCGCCUUACAGAAGUAAACCGGACCAGCUUGCCAUCGACGUCAAGGUCAAGACCGCCACUUCCAAUUUCUUGGGACUUGUUGCCAACACCGCCGUCUAAUGUUUAUCGAAUUCUUGAGAGACCUAUGUCCUCAAGUGCUUCAAAAUCCACCGAAGUCUCAUCCUCCACAUCAAGGGAGACUUGGCCCUCCUACCUAUUCGAAGACUCAGUCGAUGAAGUUUCCAACAUGCUCGAGUGCAGCAUCUGCCUAGAUUUGUGCGCUGGUCGGAUAACGCAGUGCAAAAAUGGGCAUAAUAUCUGUGCCACGCACAUACCUCAGAUUUCAACCUGUCCCAUAUGCCGUGCCUCUUAUGAUGCGGGCUGCUCUCGCAAUUUACUAGCGGAGAAGUUGAUUGUUCAGGAGAGAAAGAAAAUCGAGAUGAAAGAAGAACAAAAAAAGUUACUUGACAAUAUGGAAAAGUUGAAGAUAAGGAAAAUUAAAUGCAUCCCUAAACCGAAAGAAGUUGAUAAGCCGUGUCGAUAUGCAGCAGACGGAUGUGCUUAUCAAGGUGGUACUACAAGAUUACAAGAGCAUCAACUCAUUUGUCAUUUUCAACCAAUAGAAUGCUGUUUCAAAACUGAUGGGUGUCAAAAUUCCUCAAUCCAGUUUUCAGACUAUAUUCUACAUUUGCGAAAUGUACACAGCGUCAAAACUUUCAGCAACGAAGCAUACGUAAAGUUUUAUGUGAAUCGAGGCAGGAAGUGGGUGCGAGACGGCUCCUCCAGCAUGGCAAUUAUACAGGGUCCACUAGGUACGGAGAAUUUCGUACUGCGAGCAAUUCAAUCCGAUGACGACGUGAUAAUCUGGGUUGCCAUUCAUGAAAAUCCUCAAAGAGCUUAUAGGCUCAGAACAGAACUAAAACUGGAUGAUAAGAAUUAUGCUCGCUUUGGAAUUGAUGGUCUUGUGCAGAAUACGACGAGAGAUAGGAGUCCAGCCAUGUACUUAACAAUCCCGGUUAAGCACUUGAAAACCAAUUUAAGACAGGAGACUAAUAGAGGGAAUUAUGUGAGGGAGUAUUGGGCAGUUACGGUGAAGAUAAUUGGUUGAAUUUGAACUCGCAAACUGUACAUAUUUAAUGUUUCCAAGAUAUUUCAGGGUAUCAUAGCCAAACAUAUUCAGUUUAGGACAUUUUUAAGGGCAUUUUUACAGUAAUUGUCUUUCGUCAAAUCAACAAACCCAAACUUGAACAAGUUUUUCGUAUUCGAUAAUGUCCAAAUCCAACAUACAUAUGCCUUUAUAUUUUGUAAAUGUAGUCCGCUUCACUCACAAAUUAUGUAUAUGUCUGUAUAUAAGGAAUAAGAGAAAAAUUCUGUCCAGUAGAAAUUAACAAGCUUAUUGUAUAUAGAAAGCCAAGUUUUAUUUAAGUCAUUUUUCUAUACUGUGCCUAAAAAGUGCUCUUUCCGUAAUAUUAACGCUGUGUUCCGACAAUACUUCUAUAACGAAAUAACUAAUUUAAAUAUAUAUUAUUACAAACGCAAUAUUCCAUUAAAUAUUUUUAAGACUACGGUAUAUUUAUAUCGAGAAAAUUUGCAUAUUUCUAGUUUUUUGUUUGUCCUGCAUUUUGUUUAUUGUAAGCAAUGUAUAUUAAAAUAUUAUGUGCUUCUGUCCCUUGAUAAA